AUGAAGUGGGCUUUUGCUGUGUUUGCCAUGGUAUCACUCUCCGAGUGCCUCGUUCAGUUCUCUCUGGAAAAGGGUAAGAGUGCCAGGGAGGUCUUGGAGGAACAGAAUGCAUGGGAGACGUAUAGGCAAAAAUACCCAUACAAACCCACGGCCAAGUUUAAUGGGUUGUCUGCUGUGGGCUCUGAAUCCAUGACCAAUGAUGCUGGUUUGUCUUACUAUGGAGUCAUCUCAAUUGGAACUCCACCUCAGUCCUUUAAAGUCAUAUUUGACACUGGCUCAUCUAACCUGUGGGUUCCUUCCAUCUACUGCACCAGUGCAGCCUGCAAUAAACAUGCCAAGUUUAACCCUGGCAAGAGCAGGACCUACAGAAAAGAUGGAAAGCCUCUCCAUAUAGAUUAUGGCACUGGCAGCAUGACUGGCUUCUUGGGAUAUGACACCGUGACGGUUGCUGGUCUGGCUGUGACAAACCAGAUCUUUGGUUUGAGCCAAACUGAGGCCCCCUUCAUGAAGUACAUGCAGACUGAUGGUAUACUUGGUCUGGCCUACCCAAGUCUGUCUGCCUCCAGUGCGACACCCGUAUUCGACAACAUGGUGAAAGAGGGCCUUGUCGAGCAGGACCUCUUCUCCGUGUAUCUGAGUUCUAACAAUCAGGGAGGCAGUGUGGUGACCUUUGGUGGUGUUGAUACCAAUCACUACUCUGGUUCCAUCACCUGGAUUCCUCUCUCCCAUGAACUGUACUGGCAGAUCACAGUUGACAGCAUUACUGUUAAUGGUCAGGUUGUGGCUUGUUAUGGUGGCUGUCAGGCUAUUGUGGACACUGGAACCUCUCUGGUCGUUGGACCUCAAAGCGACAUUGAUAGCAUCAGUGUUUGGAUGGGAGCUUUUAGUCUGAAUGGAGAUUACAUUGUCAACUGCAACGAUGUUGGUCAACUGCCAGAUGUGAUCUUUAACAUCAAUGGACAGCAGUUCCCUCUCCCAGCCUCUGCCUAUGUCAGUGAGUCCCAGAACUAUGGCUGCCUCACUGGCUUCAGUGCUGAAGGUGGCAACCUGUGGAUCCUGGGUGAUGUCUUCCUCAGACAGUACUAUUCCAUCUACAACAGAGACCAGAAUGUGGUGGGUCUGGCCAAAGCAAGAUAA